ACCAAAAUCGAUUCGGCCAUGGCAAAGGAAUCUCGUCAGGUGUCGGAAUUCACAGAUUUCGGUGGCCUACUGCAUUUUUUCAAAAGUAAGAUGAUCUUCGAAAAGGAAGAUUUCGAUCUUUUGAGAGAUUAUUGCGACAGUGAUGUUGAUGAUGAUGACGUAAUAGAGGAGAAGAGACAAAGUGUUCCCUUCGACAAGGGGCCCGUUCUCAAAUACAUCAGCCAAGUCCGCAAUAGCGGUGGUUUUGAUGUGGAUGUGAAGCUCCAUCGUUGGCUGGAUCUGGGCUGGUUUUUCAUCCACCUUCCUCUGUGUGAUCCUCAACGUCAUUAUUAUGUGUAUGAGCGAGCAAAGCUUGCAAUUCAUGAAAUCAAUAUUGACAUGAAAAGCAAAACUUUUGAGCUUGUGAAAAUUGUCAAUGCUGUAAAGACGCGGUCCGCCGAAUCUCUGAUGUUUUUGACUCUGGCUGUGAAAAAAGUUGGGGCAGCUGAAGAAGAUACUACUGAUGCUAUCACUAUUCAAGCAAUUGUCCAUGAUCCCUUUUAUGCCCCUUGGGAGCUUAAGGAGUGGAGGGUUAAACCAGAGGUGGAGGAGGCUUGAUUGUUCCAUUUCUUCAACUAUAGUGUUGAAUUGCUAUGUCAUGUAGUAUUAAAGAAUAGAGAAUGCUAAUAAUAAUAAUAUUAGUAGUACAACGUCUAUGGACUAGUUUUCUUUAGUGAGAGAGCGAGAGAAAAAGAUCUCGAGAGACUUCCAAGACGAAAUGUGGCUGGA